AGCUCGCGGAGGCACUCGCGGAACAGAGACACGCGUGUGGAGAAACACGGAUCCAGUUUAAAAAGAUUUAUAAAAACUCUCUGAGAUACAGCGAACACGCGCUCAUCGAUCCUGACGUGCGGGAAUGAAUGACAGAAAAGUCGUUUUCGAUCAAGGAUAAGCGACUUGACACACUUUGGGAGCUGAUGUUUUGGACUCGCGCGCGUUACGAGUGUGUUUUUGUUUAGGUGUGUGUGAGAGAGUGAUAGUGUGUGUUUGUGUGAGAGAGUGAAAGUGUGUGUGUGUGUGACUUUUCCUCCGAGAGGAUGAUCGAGUUUGCUCCUCUGAAUGUUCCUCUGCGCAGACGUCUGCAGACAGCUGCAGUGGUCCAAUGGGUCUUCUGCUUUCUGGCUCUGGCUCAGGUCUGUCUGGUGGCGUUUGUGCUCUUGUGCAUCAGUGAUUGGUGGAUACUGGGAGUGCUUUAUGCUGGUUGGAUGUACUUGGACAGGGACACUCCUGUAUGUGGAGGUCGGAGGUCAUCGUGGGUUAGGAGUUGGCGUAUCUGGACCUACUUCAAAGAAUAUUUUCCCAUCACAUUGAUCAAAACAGUGGAUUUGGAUCCUCGUCAUAAUUAUCUGUUCGGGUUUCAUCCGCACGGUGUUCUGGUGGCAGGUGGAUUUGGGAAUUUCUGUACGGAGGUGUCGGGAUUCUCGCAGAUGUUCCCUGGACUGACGCCGCACCUGCUGAUGCUUCCCUUCUGGUUCAGAGUGCCGUUCUUCAGAGACUACAUCAUGUGCGGAGGGUUGGUGUCGAGUGAGAAGGCCAGUGCGAUUUACCUGCUGAGUCGUCCAUGUGGAGGUCAAGUGGCCGUGCUCGCGGUGGGCGGAGCUCCGGAAUCUCUUGACGCGCGACCGGGAGCGCUAACACUACAGUUAGCACAGCGGAAAGGAUUCAUUAAACUCGCCCUCAAACACGGGGCGUGGCUGGUUCCCGUCUUCUCAUUUGGGGAGAACGAGCUGUUCGACCAGAUGGAGAAUCCCGUUGGCUCCACCCUCCGCAGUGUACAGGAAUGCCUCCAGAGGGUUAUGGGCGUGGCCUUGCCUCUCUUUCACGCCAGAGGGGUGUUUCAGUACAGUUUUGGGCUGCUGCCAUACAGGAAACCCAUUCACACUGUGGUUGGACGGCCCAUUCCGGUGACGCACACACCGUGUCCCAGUACAGAGGAUAUCGACGCUCUUCACUCGCUGUAUAUGAAGGGUCUGACUCAGCUGUUUGAGGAACAUAAGAGAAACUACGGCAUCCCAGAAGACAAACAUCUCAACUUUAUUUGACCUGUGUGUGUGUGCGUGCGCGCGUGUGUGUGUGUGUGUGUGUGUGAGAGAGUGACUGAGUGUGAGUGUGUGUGUGUGUGUGUCUGUGUGUGUGUGUGUGAGAGAGUGACUGAGUGUGAGUGUGUGUGUGUGUGUGUGUGUGUGUGUGUGUGUGUGUGUGAGUGUGUGUGAGAGAGUG